UUUAGGGUUUUUGCGUGUGGUACGCGCAGGCGCUACGCGAUCGCAGAAUCGCGAGCAGCGCCCAGCGGAAACGCGGCCGAGAUGGGAAGAUUGAAGAAAUCUAGGUCGAAGGCUUUGAUCAAGGAGAAAACUAAGCCAAAAAAUGUUGUGCGAGAUGCUUCCGACGAGAGCAUGGACGAUGAGAUUGAUAAGUUUCACAGCAAUCGGGAUAAAAUACCACUGGAGGAAACAGACUCGGAGGAGGAAGAGUUGGAGAAUCCGGUCUUGGAUCUAGAAGAAAAUGAAAGCGAAGACGAUGGGGACGAAGAGGAAAGCGAUGAAGAUCUUCCAGAAGAGGAGAUCGACGACAUGGCUGCAAAAAUUGAGAGGCAAGCGAAGUUCCUGAGGCAAAGGACCGGCAUUCUACACGAUGAAGACGAUGAAGAGUCAGAGGAGGAAGAUGCCGACAAAGAGAAACUUGACUGGGGGAAAAGAAAAAGGGAUUAUUAUGCAGCUGAUAACAUUGACUACGAAAUCCAAUCUAGCGACGAAGAAGGUCCUGCAUUGGAGGAAGCAGAAGCCCGACGAAUACAGAAAAAGUUGGCUGAAAGUCUUCGCCCGGAGGAUUUUGACCAGGAUAUUGAAGAAAACCUGGACGGAGAAGCUGACACAUUAGAGGAAAGCGUUGAACACAGUGUGCCGAUUGAGAUGGAGAAGGUGAGAAAAGACCUCAAUUCCUUGUCUAAGGACGAGAAAUUGCGAGUAGUGAUGAGCAACGCCCCAGAGUUGGUUGGUUUGCAAACAGAAUUGAAGGAAGCGUUGCAUGAACUAGAGCAGAAAGUACAACCUCUUCUGAAGAAGAUUGAAAUCGGGAAAGUUGCGAAGGAGCUGAAGUCUUACGCGGAGCUCAAGCACAUGGUUCUAUUAAGCUACUGUCAAUCAAUCGUUUUCUAUCUUCUCCUAAAGGCUGAAGGUCGAUCUGUAUGUGACCAUCCAGUCAUUGCAAGGCUUGUGGAGAUACGUAUGCUGCUUGAGAAGGUACGCUCUUUAGACAAGAAACUACAACCACAAGUUGACAGGUUCGUGUCAAUAGAUCCGGAUCUGUUAAAUGCCCCCAAGCAUAUUGAGAAGGACUUAAAUAGUAUUCCUAUUGGCGAGAUUCCAAUUUCGGAGCAGCAGCACCCAGUUACUAGCACCUCUGCUUCAGAUAAGUCAGGUCAGCUGAUCGGAGAGGAAAGUAAAAGCAUGCUCAGGGAAAUGAAAAGGCUGGAAGAGAAGGCCAAACGGGACAGUCUUCUUGAGCCUGCCCGAAUACCAGACUCAAAGUCAAAGGAGUCGAAGAAACGGCACGGGGGCUUGCUCGAUGACUUGGGAGAUGAUUAUGGUACGAAUGCCGAUUUGCAGCCAAAGAAAAUGCUACAAGUCAUUGCUGAAGCUGGAAAACGUCAAAAGAAACCAAAAAUAAAUUCGGGUGAUGUCGACUUACCUGUGAAAGAAGAUCUUGGGGAAAGGAGGCGAAAGCGAGAACAGCACAUCUUGAAUCGAAGUGAACCUCCUGAAGAUGGACAAAAUGAGGAAGACCAUAAGCAGUUCGAAGAUGAGUUCUAUAAAGAAACGAAGGAGCGCAAACUUGCCAAGAAAGCCGCAAAGGCAGCCGAAGUUUCAAAGAACCCGGUUGUCAAGGCGGAAGAGGAAACUUACACCGGUAAACGGCUUAUCACCGAAGAGAUGGUGAAAAACCGAGGGCUAACUCCAUAUCGUAAGAAACUGUCGAAGAACCCUCGGAAGAAGUACAAGAUGAAGCAUGGGAAAGCAGUGACCAGGCGAAAGGGUCAAGUGCGUGCAAUUAGAGAGGAAAAAGGCCCUUACGGUGGAGAGCCUACCGGCAUCCGGACAAACCUGAGCAGAAGUAUUAGAUUUGGCUAGCACAAAUUUCCGAACUUGAAAUAGUUUUUAAAAGGUAAAGUGGUUGUCACAUUCGUGCUUAAGCGCUCGACGGCCAGAGUUCCAAGCUUGUGAUCGCCAUGGGUCAUCCAAGAGGCCCUGUCGCGCAAGGACGUCGAGCAUGCAAUGGUAGUGACUCUCUCCAGC